UCAUGGGUUUUGUAUGACACCCUCUUCCUGAUCCCUUCACUAGCGACUUCGCGAACUCUACUAGCUACGCGGAGAGUUUGGAAUAGGCAAUAGCCAGAGACUAGAGCUAUAGAGAAGUAGAGUGUCGCGGCCCAGUGAAGUGGUGGAGAAAGUGAAGGGAACAGGCUCUGACCAAAGGAAUGACCAGGUUUCAAACAAAAAUACAGAAAUCUUCUUCUCUUCUGGUGUGAGCAAUUAGGCGAGUUGUAUCGUUUGGAAGCAACUAUGUGGAGGAGGCUCGUGUCACCUAAGGUUUCUCAAUAUGCCAGAUCUAAUUUGAGCUGCAGACAUUUUCGAAGCAGAAGACAUUUUGCGGGGCGACGUUGGAUACACACUUCGACAGCAUUAGCGUUCAAAGGUCGCCUGGGCUUGGGCCUCGGUCGUGGGGAUGAAGAGUUCUACCUUGCCCAGCAACGGCUCCGUGCCAUGGAUCCAGACAGGCAGAUUGACCCGGCUAUGGCUGUAAUCCUGAAGUCGCUGUACCGCCAGGCAAUGGAGGGUAAUCAGAAAACUCCGCACGAGAAGAGUCAUAUCGGUCCCCUUGUGCACAAUGUGAUGAACGAUGCAGCCGACCUGUUGAAAGGUGUAACUAAGGAAGGAGCGCGUGGCGAGUACAUUCGCAUCGUGACACAGCUGUGGGAGAAUUCCGAUGAGAACGGUGAGGCGCGGCCGUACAGACGAGGUACACUGGGUGAUGGUCGGGCAAUGUUCGCCGAGCGUCGGGAACAGCUGCAGGUCAGCGGCAGCGAUGCGUACAUUGUCGGCUCGACUUCAAGCAACACUGGUGAAAAGUUUCUCCACGAGGAGAUUGACGAUGGCGUGCAGAUGAUUUGGUUCAAUCACACGGUCCGUGACAACUCUCUCACGCUGGACAUGCUACGCACACUGCCCAGGCUGCUACAGAAGGCCGCCGACGAUGAGGAUGUGUUUGCCACCGUGUUGACCGGCGAGGGAGAGACAUUCUGCACUGGUCUGGACAAAGACAUGCUGGCAAGUGUCUUGCAGAAACCCGGGGAGAGCAAAGCGGAGUGGGAAGCCAGGAUGUUCGAAUACAGAACGGCUAUUGAGGAGUAUGUUGCAAGCUUCAUCACGUGCAGCAAGCCACUAAUCGCCGCAGUCAAUGGUUCAGCGGUGGGACUGGGAGCUACAACUCUUGCACUGUGUGACCUUGUGUUUGCCAGCACUAUGAUCACACUACAUGUUCCUGACCAGCAGCUUGGCAUGAGUGCACUGGGCUGUGCUUCGUACACAUUUCCCAGGAUGAUGGGGAAUUCAGUGGCUGCAGAUAUGUUGCUACGCGGUGCCAGGCAUCUGGUACGGGAUUCACAGCGGCAUGGCAUUGUGACGUUCGUAAUGGAUGACACUGAGGCGAGUCAUGUGUUGGAGCGAGUUCUCUACCUCAUGUCCACACUGCCAAUGCAGACUCUUCUGUCGUCACGUCAGCUGAUGAAAUCCUACGACAGAGAAAUGCUGCUAGCGGUCAACAAGGGAGAAUGCGAUACCCUGGUGGAGCGAUGGCGAUCCCGUGAAGGUCAAGAAGGAAUCAAACGAUUCCUGGCAUGCAAGCCCAUUCAACUCAUUCCGCAGACCAUCAUAACCCCGGAGGCGCAGGAUAGCGGAUCGCCCUUCGCCAUUCCGGGAAUUUUCAAAGCCGAAAAAAGUUCGAAGAAGCUGCCUGCGGAGGAGGAGGAGGAGGAGAAGGACACUCUACCAGCACAAGCAAGCUGAGCUGUUUUGGUGAGAACAUGAUGCUUGACGGUAUGUCCACGACUUUUAGUGGACAUUGACGAGCUGGAGUAUGCGUGUCGGCAAGCCCAUGCUCGUGUCUCGGACAUAGGCCAACUGCGAGUGCUGUCUUCACUGCUAUGGCUUGCUGCCAGAUCCAGUAUCGUUCAGUACAGCAUGGCAGCAAACAUGCAAGCUAAGUUGUGUUUUGUCCAAGGCAUGCUGCUUGACGUUCUCUCCAAGACGUAUCGCCGUAGUUAUUGACGACCUGGAGUAUGCGUGUUGGCAAGCCCAUGCUAUCGUCUCAGGGUACAUAGGCCAACUUUGAGUACUGUCUUCACCGCUACGUCUUCACUGCUAUGGCCUGCUGCUAGAUUCAGUAACGUCCAGUACACGCGGCAUGGUAGCAUCACUGAUGGUUGUGCCACAGCACUCACAUUGGCAAAUUCGACACACCUGAUCGUGCUGUGCAGCAGUAGCCUGGAGCGUGUACAAGUCGGACCAGUGCUGAGCAAACCCUGCUUGUCUGAGAUUGAGCAAUGAGUUACGUGUAUGUGCAGAUUGUGCUCUGGACGGAGUAUCCUUGGUACCGGAUCAGAACUGUAAGUUGGUAUCAGGCCCGACAGAAUCGGUAUGGUUAGUCAGGUUAACACCGGACCAACUUUUUGGCCACCAACACGUGUUUCCUACUGUGGAGGGCAUGUGUGUGUACCCGCAAUAUCAUACACAAACUGUAUGAAAGCUAUAUCAUACACAAACUGUAUGAGAGGCCAUGAUACUACCGGACCAGUUAAAAGCUUCUUCACGCUGUCCCGGGCCGAGUAUGGAGGGUGCGUGUUUGCCAGAUUACCAGCCUUCACGGCUUUAGCAGGCCGCCUUUGGCUGCAUUGUUCAGUGGCUAAUACUUAUUGUCAAGAUCCUGAUGCACUGUCUGCCUUUGGCUGCUUUGUUCAGUGGAUAAUACGUAUUGUCAAGAUCCUGAUGCAUUGGCUGCCUUUGGCUGCCUUUUUCAGUAGGUAAUACUUAUUGUCAAGAUCCUGAUGCACUUCCCUGCUUCAACUUUGAUACGGAAGUGCAACCACGCUCAGGUUUUUUUAUUAUCACACAAACCCCUCUUUGAGUAGCCACUUUACUCACUGAUAUCAUACCGGUUAAUUAUUUGUACUUCGAAGUAGAUUAUUUUAAAUUGCAAGUCUUGGUGUAGAUUAAGUAGCUGGUCUACACUUGAGUUGAUGGUUUCUUCUAUUCUUCCAGCGUAGAAGGCACUUGGCCUCUACUCCGACCAUUCACUUUGCCGUUGUCCGUACACUGAUCUUACGAGAGGUCAACGGUUUGGCCAUUGGUCACCCAUCACAUGGCCAUAGACCAUCACUUCUUAUUCUCAUGCAUUGAUAUAUUUUUUUCUGUCUCUUGUUCACCUUUGGUGACACAGUAUUUCCGAACUUGAGUUUUAUCAUAGAAUUGUCUGAAUCUUAUUCACCCUUGAACGCUCCCCUUCCAUGCGCACAUAUGCUCCUUACAACUUACCAUCCACCCGUCCCCUGUACCUUUUCCCUGUAUGUGUCCAUCUCACCUUCAUGCUCUUCUUCAUCCUGCCCUGCCAGCCAGCCCUGCACCCCCCCCCCCCCCCGUUCUUCUCGUAGCACUG